GAUCGGCCGGCGCGAUUCCUCGACAUGUGUGUGCGUGCGUGUGUGUAUGUACGCAUGUGUGUGUGUGUGUGCAUACGUCAUCGUCGGGCUCGGGAGACGUGAAAAUUCGCGAGAUGUCAUCGCGACGGACGUAACGUACCGAUAGAUACCCCGGAUCGAGGGAUCGAUACUCGUCGCUUCCCCGCUGACGACGACUCUCCUCGUCGCGAGUGCGUUUCCCGAGUCGGGACGAGAGAUCGGCCGACCCGACGAGUUCGGAUUUUCGGAUACAUCGACGCGCGUAGAUCCAUCUAUUACGUCCGUUCGAAAAACAUACGUCCUUCCCCCUCCUCCUCCCGCGCUCCUUCUCUCCCAUGUGUGUCGCGCUCGGUUGCUCGGUCAGUUAGUCGGGCCUCUGUGUGCGCGCGCGCGCGCGAGAGAGAGAUCUGUCUCUCUCCCUCCCUCCCUCUCCACCCCCGAUCUCUAUAUAUCCUUCGUUAAGCGCGGGAGAAGUGAUGCGUAAGAAAAUCCCUUGGAUGAUACACGCGCGACACGUGUGUUGGGAUGUAAACGACGGCGACAGCGGGAGGAGUACGAUAGCGUACACUUUUCCAGGCGAUACCUGCCCCGCUUCGCACUCGGUCGCUGGCGUACGAGGACGAGCGCCCGUAUUGGUAGAUGGUAAUCGCGCAGCUCGCGCUCUCUCUCCCUCUCGCUCACGAGAACCACCGCGGAGAGCCAUGGCUUCUGGUGCAUCCUCCUUGGACAGUGCUGGAAGUAGCGAUGGUGCACUUAACAUGGAGGGGGAUAGCGGAAGUUACGGCAGUGUUGGAAGCCCGGUCGGUGGCCCCGAGUGUCGUAGUGCCGAAUUUGACGGUUUACAGGCUCAAUGUGAUCAAGCGAUGCAUCAGCUUCAGCUACUUAGGCAUAAGCACUCCGAUACCAUAAGACGGUGUGAGCAUACUAUGAAGGAAUUGGAGUAUUAUCGCGGGCAACAUAUAGCAGUCAUGAAUCAACUGGAAGCGACUUCCCAAGACAGCUCCGCGUUACGGGCGAAAUACAAUGAUCUCGCAAACGACAAGCAACGACUGGACCGUGAGGUGCAGACUCUACAGAAAGAACUGUCGGAACUGCAGCGCAUACAGAACCAAGAUGUUCUCGUCUCCGAUGCCGCGGGCAACGAUCCUAUGAACCAACAUUAUCUAUCUGCGUUACGAAAAUACGAAGCGGUUAAGGACGAAUACGAUUCCCUCAGGAAACGGUACGACGACUUGAUUGCGUCGCAUUCCUCUGCAGUUAACAAGCUAGAAUUGUCGCAAGAGGAGGCUAAGAGGCUCAAGAAACAAUACGACAGCGUCUUGGAGGAGCGUAACAGUGCGAUUCGCGAGCGUAACGGCUUGAAGCAACAGUGCACCGCCGCGAUUCGCCAGUGGGACAUUGCAUUAAGAGAGAGAAACGAAUAUCGCGAAGCGCUAGCCAAGGUGCAGCAGCAGCACGAGGAGGCGGUCAAGGAGAUUAAUCAGGCGAUGGUGCUGCGCAUGAAAGCCAGCAAGGAUAUGAAACGACUUACCGAGGAACGAAAUGCCGCUCUGCAAGAAUACAGUCUAAUCAUGGGAGAACGAGAUACAGUCCACAAGGAGAUCGAGAAGUUGGGCGACGACCUCACGCAAGCGUACACAAAAGUCACGUAUCUGGAAACGCAAAAUAAGCAGCUCAUGGACGAAAAGAAAACGUUGUCUUAUCAAGUCGAGACGUUGAAGAGGGAAAUCUCGUCCGCCUUGCAAGACAGGGACGAAGCUCUGAAAUUGUGCAAUGAGUUACAGCAGAAAUUCGGUGAACGUGAUUACACUGGCGAAGGUUCCAACAGAGACUAUAAGCAUCGUUUGGAGUUGAACUCGUUCAGUCGCGAACGUGAUAGCGUCAACAAAGAAGCCGAAAAGGAGACAAACCCAAGGGAUGCAACACGAGAUAAACAGCGCAUGGACAACUUAGAGCAAGCCAACUUGGAGUUGGAUAAACUCAGAAAAACCGUAGAUACGUUACAGGUGGAGCUCGAAGAGGCUAUUCAAGAAGCCGAAGUAUCGAAAAGAAGGAGGGACUGGGCCUUUAGUGAGCGUGACAAGAUAGUGUUAGAGCGAGAAGGAAUAAGAAGUCUGUGCGACAAGUUGCGAAAGGAACGCGACCGCGCUGUUUCCGAAUUAGCCGGCGCUCUGCGUGACUCCGAUGACAUCAAAAAGCAACGAAACGAGGCAUCAAAGGAGUUAAAGGAUUUGAAGGAAAAGAUCGAAACCAGCCAGUUGGCGCAGAUUGAUGAGAGCAACGAUUGGGAGAUGAUUCCUAUUCACGUGGAGCCCGGUAGGAUUUGCUUGGACUCGGAUCGCGAUGACCUGGGAUUGAUCCUCGUCGGCGGCCGUGAUAGUCCGUACUAUCCAAAUGACACUGGUGUCUAUGUUGCGCAAGUGGCUCAAGGUAGUGCCCUCGACGGCAAGUUACGUCUAAACGAUUGUAUCGUGCGAGUGAACAACGUCGACUGUACAUCUGUAUCGACGCGCGUGAUCCUAGAAACUUUGCGUUCGUCUACUGUGAAUCCAGUGACUCUGAUCGUGAAGCGACGCCGGAUGACCAGACGGCCGUUGAGAACCACGCAGUUAUCGAUCGGUUCAGUGCCACACGGCAUUACUCUGGAACUCGGAAUUUACAUCUCGAAGAUAUCGCCCGGUAGUUUGGCUGCCAAGGAUGGAAACCUCGCCGUAGGGGAUAGAGUAUUAAACAUUAAUAGUAAACCGAUGGAUACUGUUACUACGGCGCACGAAGCGAUGGCAAUUUUAAAUGAUGAUACCGUGGACGUGUUAACAAUCACAACAUUGAAGGGUAUUUCAAUACCGUCUGUCGCUAGUUCGGAAACAAUGGGGUUAGAUGGUUUCGUGGAGAAGCAAAAGAUGGUAAACAGCUGUUCGCAAACCGAGCAAGAAAGAAUGAUGUUGAAAGCUUCGUCAGAUGAUUACGAAAGGCGAUAUCUAUCGACGAAUUUUGCUGAUCGAAACGCCUAUAAAGCCGCAAAGUCCGUGAGCGGUGAAAAGUCGAGCGGCAUUAGCAACGCUUGGGACAACUUCCGAGAGAAGAUUGACAUAGUGCGGGGACGCAAGCAUAGUAAGGAGCGCGACGACAACAACAAGAAGAAGGGUCACCGUAAUUCUAGUCCGAACACGUUCGAGCAGGAGCAGGACGCGAUAGCAGAGCUCGACUCGGUGAUCGACAGCUACCACAAGAAGGCGAGCAACACUAACAACAAUGGCGUGCUGAAACGCAGCAAGCGACGCGGCGCAGAGAAGGUCGAGAAGAACGGCGGCACAUGGCCGAAGGCGCGUGGCGUGCCCCUCAUACAGAAUGGGACCGGUACUAUAUUGCAUCCACGCAAAUCGAAAGAGCGUUUCCCCCUCAGCGCCUUCUUACCGAAAUACGAUAAUUAUAAUUAUAAUCGUAUCUCCAAUCCCAUUUCCCUCACCAACUUUUCCAAUGUCAAUAAUCGUCAUACCGUUUACAAAGCAGUGGAGACGCCGCUACCGACCUUCACCAAGACUGGACAGCAGCUCUUUAAUCAGAAGUCGUCAUCGUUCACUCCGGCGGUGCAGUUUAAGGACAUCCCGAUCGAUGGCGGCAGCAAGAAGCCACCGUCGACGGAAUUCGAGAGCAGCGCGUCGGAGACUGGACGACUCGGUUCCGGGCUGGCGCCGUCCGAGACUAGCAUCGACUUCUCGGUCAAGUCCGGCGGCGUCGGCCGCGAUCUCGAUUCGUACUUUGCGAACAAACGGCCGCAAAAGUAUACGAGCGGUGUCGGCGGUGGCAGUAGCAGUGACACGCAAAUGACGACGGACACGCUGCAGCACAAUCGCGUGCACUCGCAGCUUUAUUCGUCGGGAAUCGGCGGCUCAUCUACGUCCGCCACGUCGACCACCAGCGGUCCGGCAUCGCGCCAGCAAAUGGCACCCGGUAACUUUCCGUUUCCCCCGCAUCAUCCGUAUGCCACAUCGUCGCACUCCCAUCCGCAUUCUACGCAGCACCAGACUCACUCCUUACCCUCGCGCUAUCCAUCGCCACCGUCGCUGCCGUCCGCGCAGUCCGGCGAAUCGAUAGGCCUGCCUGACGCACGUACCUACUGUUUCGAGCCUCCGUACAGCCCCGGACCAGGUUCGCAGACCACAGUGACCCCGGUGGCCACCUUCGGCCAUCUGCACACUCCCUCCGUAGAUUUGCACUAUCACAAGUCACGCGCACUGACGCUCGGUAUACCCUGCGACACGCCCACUUACGGACAUGGAUACGAAGGCGGCACCUUACCUGGUCGAAAAGAAGAUCAACGCAUUCGCAUACCGUCCAACACCAGUGUCACGUCCAAGAGCAGCGUCGGCAAAUUAUCCACCGGUAGCAUAGAGAGAACGUCGGAGCGAGGCAGUCCAAUGCCAACAUUCCACGUAGAGGUGUUGAGUCCGGGCACUGGUAGCACCAGUGGGACCGAGAGCAGCAGUGGUACCGUGAGAGGAGGCAAUCAGCAUAAACGCGCCAGUAUGCCGGAGUACUGCUCGCAGUCACGUCCAGCGCCCGGUGAACUACGCCGAGUACACAUAGACAAAUCUGUGGAACCGUUGGGUAUUCAGAUCCAGUGUCUGGAAAGUGGCGGUGUAUUUGUCUCCACUGUCUACGAGCAAAGUCUGGCAGCGCAAGUCGGCCUACAGAUUGGCGAUCAAUUGUUAGAGGUUUGCGGCAUCAAUAUGCGAAGCGCGACCUACCAGCUGGCCGCCAACGUUUUACGUCAGUGCGGUAAUUCAAUUACAAUGCUGGUGCAGUAUAGUCCGGACAGAUAUUUUUCUGCUUUGGCUUUCACGUUAUUCGGAAUACGUGUCUCAUAUAAACGGCAUUUUUCUUUGCAAGAAUACACCGAAUUAGAGGCGGGUUCGUCCUCGAGUUCGUCGGAAGCCGCCGACGGAGCCGCGGCCGGAAGUCGCAGCGGCUCACCGACGCCAUGUAACAGUCCGGAAGCGCCGCGAAAGAGCACGAUGGAAACGUUGGAGCCAGUGGAACCGGAACGCGACACUACUACUAUUACCAUCACCACCACUACCGCCGCCGCCACCGUCACCGCCGUCACUACCGCCGCGCCCGUCAUGAGCACGCUACGCGUCGAGCGGGACAUGCGACCAUCUGCCUCGUUGGACGUGAGGAGCACGCAAGAGCGACAGCGCGAGAUGCGACCGUCCGCGUCGCUGGACAUCAAUAUUCGCAAGCCGGAACUACGCAGUGCCGCUACGCUGGAUCGUUUGAGCCGCGCGCAAUUGCAGCGGCAAACCGCGAUGAGAAGUCCCACGCAGGAAGAGUUGAAUCGGAAACCACCUCCGCCGAGUGGCGAGCCUAGAUAUCUGCUGAUCGAAACCAGGAAAUGCUCGAAUCUUGGUAUAUCGCUAGUGGGCGGAAAUGGCGUCGGUAUUUUCGUGCAUUCCGUUCAACCGGGUUGUCUUGCCGAGGAGGGCGGCCUAUUUACCGGCGAUAGAAUCCUGGAAUAUAACGGCGUGGAUCUGAGACAAGCGACCGCUGAGCAAGCCGCCCUCGAAUUGGCUCGACCGGCAGAUAAGGUAACGCUGGUCGCCCAAUAUAUGCACGAACGAUAUAACGAAGUGAAGGACAAGCCGGGUGAUAGUUUCUACGUGAAAGCGUUGUUCGAUCGAACCGGCGAGGUGGGCGACAGCCUGCAGCUGCGUUUCAACAAAGAUGACAUUCUAUACGUGGAUAACACAAUGUUUAACGGAACGCCGGGCCAUUGGCGUGCAUGGAUAGUCGAUCAGACCGGCCGUAGACAAACAUGCGGAAUAAUCCCUAGCAAAUUUAAAGUUGAAGAAGAGUUGCUAUUACGACGCUCUCUGGGUGAUUUAGAACAGGAUGCUGGCAAACGUAGCAACACGAGCGCGAGGAGAAGCUUCUUCCGACGAAAGAAGCAACAACCACGUUCAUCCAGCAGUAGAGACAGCACUAAAGAACUGUCGUCGCAUCUCACUGGAGCCCACUUGGGAUGGUACAGCGAUAGCGGAACGUUGAACGAAGAUACUCUUCCGGCAAGUUAUCAGCGUGUUGAGAGGCUCGAUUAUCCUACUUUGAGACCUGUGCUGAUAAUCGGUCCGCUUAGCGAAUGCGUAGUAACGAAACUUCUACAGGAUUAUCCGGGACAGUUUACUAGAUGUCUAGCGGAAGCAAUGCAUUGUUCGCAGUCGACUUUGGAGCAAGGCUUGCGCGAUUCGCUCUACAUAGAUUACAGGAAAAAAGGCAGCUACUUUGAAUGCACGACUGUACAAGCUGUUAAAGAUAUAUGCGAGAAGAAUACACACUGUAUUUUGGAUGUGUCGAUGGCUUCCAUCGAGAGGCUUCACAGACAUCAAAUUUAUCCUAUUGUUUUGUUGAUAAAAUUCAAGGAUAGAACGCAAAUUAAAGAGGUAAAAGAUUCCAGAUAUCCGAGCGACAAAAUCAGUACAAAGGCCGCGAAGGAGAUGUUUGAGCAUGCGCUCAAGAUAGAAGCAGAGUAUAAACACUACAUCUCUGCCGUGAUUCCUGCGGGCGUGAGCGUGGCGUAUAUAUGCACGCAGGUGAAAGCCUCGGUAGAUGAAGAGCAAAGCAAAGCGCUGUGGGUUCCUAGAGGGGGUCCCUGACACAAAAGGGGGGGCCCCCACAAGCCGCAGUGGAAGUCAAUCUAAAUUCCACCAGGGGGCCCUUACGUCGUGCACGUACGCAAAGAGAUUUGCUACGCAAAAUCAAUUAUAUUAUUUAUGGUCUCUUGAUUUUUCGGAGGAGGAUGCGAUGCAGUUGAGAAAACCUCCAUUUAACGAAGAACUUUUCAUUGUGCUAAUCGCUCAAUUUGGUUGUGAUGAUACGAGUUUCUACGAUCCAUUUUGCUUUAGCGUAUUUAGCUCGUUAAAUUAUCGCAAUCGUAUAAAACAGGUACGCGUGUAUUUCAGUUUCUCUGUCGCAUUUCUUUAAGUUGCUACUCCAAACACUAAAUCAUCAUGUCGUGUUUUAGUUAUAUCAAUUUGCUUUGCGCUAUAUCUGCAUCACUAUAUCAAGAUAUAUAUAUAUAUAUAUAGUUCACAUCUGUGUAAUAAUCAGAUCUACAAAGUAUAUAAAUUCAUAUUGAGGGAGAUUAUCUUUCGCGUCUUUUCGGAAUUGGCUUUCCUGAAAAAGUAGCUAGUGAAAUAUUAUAUAAUUGGUGCUUAUUUAUUUUUUUGAUUUUUUUUAAAUACUCACUCAUCGUUAUUCAUUAGAUAAAUAUAUCAAAUAAUUUAUGUUUAAUAAUCAGUUUGCUUUUCGAUCUUUGAUCGCGUAUAAUCAAGCAAUGCAACGGGAAAUGCAGCUAAUAACUUAUGAAACCAAUAAUUCGUACGAGACCAUAAGUGGAUUAGUAUAAAAAUAUUCGUCGUAUUAUGGCCCGUUAGAAAAUUGGUGGAUUAAUAUUGACAAACUGUCGAUUAGAAAAUAAAUAAAUUAUAUAGCCGUUUCUUUCGAUGGCUAUUAUAUAUUAUUAAUUAACCUCUCAAACUAAAACUAAUGUACAGAAAAAGAGA